AUCUGAACCAGUUUAUUUACAAAUGCAAGUCCCUUAUUUUCCUUUUUUCUCUUUUUUUUUUUUCUAAUAAGUUAAACAUGAAGAAACAGGAGAGUUUCCUAUUCUAGUUUUGGAUUCUUUUCCUUUUUCUGUGGAGAGUUUCAUUUCCUUUAAACACUAUAGGCAAACUGACAUAUUAAUUCCUCUCUUUUUAACUCCUUGAACCAUUUACCCUUCAGUUGUUAAUUAUAUUUACAAUGUUUUAUUAAAAUGCACAGAGCCUUUUUACUAGUUAUAAUUUUGGGAGAUUGAAAAACUGUUCUCUAAGUGCAACACAUCUCUCCUGAAUGUUCAUUUGAGGGGCAUUCAGUGGUGGAAGUUGCAGAGGGAGUUUGACCCUUAAACCAAUCUAACCAGUUUCAACAAUUGAAGGUGCAAUGCAAGAAAAGGCAGAAUCCAUAAUUCCAAUCCCCACCAACUCUCCUCCAGAAGGCAACACCACAUUCAUUGAUGGCACUACAUGGUGUGUCGCUCGGCCUGGCGUUUCACAGGUUGAUUUGCAGAAGGCAUUAGACUGGGCUUGUGGUCUGGGGAUGGCUGACUGUGCUAUAAUCCGAUCGGGCGGAUCUUGUUUCGAACCUAAUACACUCUUGUCACAUGCCUCGUAUGCCUUCAAUUACUAUUACCAACAGAAUGGGAAUUCAGAUAUAGCUUGCAAUUUUGGGGGAACAGCUCAUAUAGUCACCAAAGAUCCAAGCUAUGGAAGCUGUGUGUAUUCUACAUCAGGAUCUGUAGCUUCUUCAGCUUCAUCAUUGUCUGGGCAUAGCUUGAGGUGGUGGGAACUAUUUGGGAUUUUGCUGCUUUUGUUCAUGAGAAGCUAAUGAAAAGGUGAGAGAUUCUUGAAUGUAUGCAUAUCAGAUUGUUUAUGUGAUGGAAAGGGGGAAAAAGAAGACUUUGGGGGCUAUGGGGGUAUGCUUGAUUAGGAAAUAGGGCUAAGAUAGACAUGUGAUCUGGACAGAUUGGCAUAGUCAAAAUUGUAAGUUGCUAAGGUAUUCCUUUCUUUGUUGUUGGGCUAGGAAUCUAUGCUAUCAAAUUUUCUUUGCUUGGUC